AUGAUGAGACCGGUUAUCUUCGGUCCGCCUCCGGUUCAACAAACGCCUCCGGUGUACGUCGAUCAUCAGAACGCGAAGAAGGUGAGGAAUGAUGUCAAUGUGCAUAAAGAUACGGUGAGGCUCGAAGUAGACGAUCUUAACCCUGAUCAUCAUCUUGUUUCCUUCCUCUUCGAUGCUGUAUUCGAUGGCAGUUUCUCCAUCAUCUUUUUCGCAAAGGAGGAACCAAACUGCACAAUGGUCCCGAAUUUACCAGAAGCUUACCCACCAACCAAAGUCCCUUUCCAAAAAGGUACUGCGCAGAAGUUUCUACAACCUUCAGGGACAGGAACCGACUUGGGCUUCUUUGCGCUGGAUGAUCUAUCGAAGCCUUCACCAGAAGAGGUGUACCCACUUGUUAUAUCAGCCGAGACAGUGAUCUUACCAAGCUCGGUCUCAGAGGAUCCAUUAGUUCAUAAGCAAGUCACACUAGCGGGUUUGGAGAAGACUAACGAUGGAUCUUUCAAAGUGAAAGUCAUGAAGCAGAUCUUAUGGAUUGAAGGAAAUCGAUAUGAAGUACAUGAGCUGUAUGGAAUCGAAAACUCGACCACACAAGGUAAUCCUGUGUCGGGCUUAGAGGACAGCGGUGGCAAGGAAUGUGUUAUUUGCUUGACUGAACCUAAGGACACAGCCGUCAUGCCUUGUAGACAUUUGUGCUUGUGCAGCGACUGCGCAAAAGAGCUGAGGUUUCAGUCAAACAAAUGUCCCAUUUGUCGGGAACCUAUCGGUCAGCUUAUGGAGAUUAAAGUGGUAAGUACUGAUGAACAACACUGA